GACGGGUGGCAAAAACUUUCGUUCUGACAGCAACUUUUGUCCAACAUAAAUAAAAGUUUUAUACCUACCGACUUUGCGAGUGGCACCAGAAACAGAAGAAAAAAAAACCAAGAAAUUCCAUUGAAUUUAAUUCUUCUCAUAAAUUUAUCCUUAAAUUCCCUAAAAAAGUGAUUCAAUUAACAAACAAAAACAAGUACCGCAGAAUCGAGAAUCGUGCUGUCCAAUAUUGAUUUAAGUAUAUUUUCGCGAACGUAUUCGGACCGAAGACUUUUUUCUUUUUUUUUUCACUUCGCUGGACUCGCUGGAAUCCAUUAUUCUCCAUUCCGUACAGACUGUGCAUCCGGAUUUUUCUCCAGAACAGAAGAAAAUAAUAAUUCCACAGGCACGGGACAUUUUGCUAGUAAUUCAGCGUUAACAUAUUUUGUAAAAAUGCUCCAGGAAAAAACCUUCGUUGGCCUGGCCCAUCCCUUCCGAUUGGGAAUGGUUGGGUAGUUCGAAGGUGCAAUUCUGUAGAGAAUUUAUUUUUCGUCCGCGAGUGCGUUUUUAAAAUAUGAUAAAUGUGUGACCAAUUAUUGAGAUGAAUGUGUUCGGAUGUGGCUUCGAUAAAAGUUCAGUAUUUUAGAGCUCCAGAGCUACGGAAUCCGGAAAACCUCGAAAAAAAAGCUAGAAGCAUUUGUUACAAAAAAAAAUAUGGAAGGCGAAGGCGCUGCGAUGCGAAGAAGGACAGCAUCCUUAAAAUGAGAGAUGAAAAGUCAUCACCUAUAAAUAAAAUGUGAUUGUGAAUCGGCGCGCAGUGAAUGUAUGUGCGGGUUCCAUGCGAUACGUGUAGACAAGAACAAUCUAAAGGACCAAAAUAUAGAGGCGAAGAACUAAGAAGGCAGAAGUCAGAGUCAGAGUUAGAGUUAGGCCCAACAGCAUUAUGUCUAAAUCAAACGCGGACUUUAGUGCAUUCGACUUUAACGAUAGCUCCGAGAACAGUUUGAAUUCGCGCAGCAUUUUCCUGAAUCGCGGCGGGCUCGACUCGGUGACAAACAGUGGCGCCGGAGAGGGUGGCGGCAGUAUAAAUGGAGGCUGCUCCUCGUCGCAAGCAGCCUCCGAAAUAGGUGGUGGCGGUGGCAAUGACGGUGAGGGUGACGGUGACGGUGACGAAGACGUCGACAAUGACGGUGACGGUGACACAAACAUAAAUGGCAACAACGAGGGUAGUAACGCAUUAGAUGCAGUUUCGGGUGCGAUAGGCAGCACAAAUAGUCGUGCGGGCACAUCUGCCUCUGCAGCCGGAAUUGGAACUAACGGUGGUGGCAGCGGUGGUGUUAGGGGUAGUGGUAGUGGUGGCGGUGGCGGAGGGGCUAGUUGUAGUGAUGUGUUGGUGAAUAAUUUUAACGACGUUCGCUGUGCGAGUGCAAGUUUAAGUAAUAAUAGUUUGGCGACCACAGGUGGAUUGGGGGGUGGUGGUGGCAGUGCUGGCGAUGGUAGUGGCAAUGGCAGUAACAGUAAAAAGUAUCGCCACCAAAAUUACAGUAAAAAUAUUUACAUUGGAACAAAAAAUGCUGAAAAAUGGGAAUUAACAAGGACCAAGCUGGCGUUUAAAAAUGACGUUGAAUUCGUUGCAUAUCUCUUAAAUUUGGCAGAAAAUGAUACCGAAAGGAGUUCAAGCCUUCCUUCGAUAUCAUCAACGACGAAAAAUUUUCCAAAUUUCAAAUUGGAAUCGAAUCUUACUGUCAAGGAUUUCAGCAAUAGUCAAACAGAAAAUUGUAAUGAUCCUCUACCGCUAACAAAGCCUGCUCCUAAACUGAAAAAGCGAGUUCAAUUUCAUGACCCACUUAACGGUUUUACCAAGACGAAAGACUUUCCAAAUUUCUCUAUGAAAGUUCCCAAACACGAUGCACAGGACAAGGCAAUCAGUAGUAGUUUAGAUAAUGAUGCUGUUCCCGAAGUUCUUGAUUGCAGAAUUGCCGAAAAGAUCAAAAGUGAAUUAGCUGAAAAAUCAGCAAACAAUCAGAGUGACACCUUUAAGGGUGCUCUGUGUUUGAAAAAAUCCACCGCAGAAAAUUACCAGAUAUUCAAUCAUAGUGACGCCGAAGAUGAUGAUGAAUUCGAUGAUGAAGAGGAUAACGAUGAAGAAGAUACUGGAUCUCUGAAUCCUGUUGAUAAGAACUUCCGAAUACGAGAUCGAUCAAAAAUCAAGAAACCUCCAAAAGUAUCGUUGUUCAAUGGGAAAAUCAAACAGGAACAACAACCUCAGCCUCCAAAUGAUGCAUCAGAGCUUCAGAGUGACGAUGAUUACGAUGAUGACGGAGAUGACGCAGACGACGGAGAUGAAGGAAUGCUGGCGACUGAAAUUAAAAAUGAGCAAAACUUCAUCGAAGAGGAUGACGAGCAUAAUGAUCAAGGAUACGGAAUACGCUCGUGUCGAGAAUGUACGGUUAUGCAUGACUACGAACACUGCCCUCUGAGGAAUUCAGUUUGCUACAUCAAGGAUAGUGUUGAUCUAUCCACUUGGAUCGAGAGGAAAAACAUCGAGGCACUGGAGAAACUGAAAACCGACUCCGAAAGACUUGCUGAUGGCGCUGACGCCAACGAUAUGGACGACGACAACUGCUCACAGACGUCAGAUGACCUGAGAAGGCUGACUGUGACAUUCGCUGAAGCUUCAAUACCUAAUGAAUUCGAACUUCGAAACAUCGACGCGAAUACUUUCGGGGUUUUCGCCAAAACUGAUAUUCCUCUCUUAACUAAGCUCGGUCCUAUCAUAGGCAAACCUGUCCAAGUCAACGAUAUCCCCGACGACAGUAAUAUGAAGACUAUCUUCGAGAUAUGCGAAGGUGACCGAAAGUCAGACCUCAUUUCCUGCGAUGAUCCCAACACCUCUAAUUGGCUACGGUUCAUCCGACCAGCUCAGUCUUAUGAAGAACGAACCGCUAACUUGGUGUCGUUGGACCGUCAGGCAUAUCUAGUUACUUGUCGGGAAUUGAAAGCAGGCUUCGAACUACUUUACUGGAGUGAUGACUGCAACACUAUGUGGCGAAAGAAACACACCGAAAAAAUCAAUUGUGGGGGCUGUAAUCUCAAGUUCGAACAUCCUCUGUUUUAUCGAACGCAUUGUUCGGUGUUUCAUGAUCCUUCAUUUAGUCUGACAAUUCGAAAAUAUCACUGUAAGGUUUGCGGUGAAGCAGUAUUGGGUAAGGAUAACAUAAUGAAACAUGCGGCUGAGAUGCACGAAGGUAAAGGGGCCUAUCAGUGCCAAUUUUGUAAUAAAUUCUUCUUGCGUCUCAAUUAUUUGGAGAUGCAUCGCACUUACGGUUGCAGUGCGAAUCCGCAACGUGCUAGACCGCUGUGUGAUUUUUGUGGGAGGAAAUUCUGUCAGCCACAAAAACUUAAAGUGCACAUUAAACGAAUGCAUAGCGAUAUGGCUGAAGUUUUACGAGAUUUUCAGUGUAAAUUAUGUUCAAAACUUCUAGGAUCACGGGCGGCAUUGCAGCGCCAUUCUAAGGAGGUACAUAGCCGGAAUUCAGCUGUGGUUAGUUGUCCAAGAUGUCAAAAGCUAUUCCAAAACCGAAGCAAUUUGAAAAUUCACAUGCUCACACAUUCCGGUGUUAGGCCAUUCAAAUGUGCGGAGUCAGAAUGUACAGCAGCUUUUACAACAAAACAGUGUCUUCAAUUUCAUUACAAGAAAGUUCACAAUUAUAGCCAAGAACAAAUGCCAAAGAUUGAACGUAGUGUGGCUUAUACCUUUGAUGCUUAUUCUGGGGGAAUGAAAGUAGACUUUUUAGAACAAGCUCCUCGUCGACGCCGUAAGAGCCUUGAAGAUCAGAACUCAUUGCUAAGCUCGAGCAUGCUCGAUAGCAAGAGUGACACCGAAUUCUCCGACGAUCUGUUUGAGAACAUUAAAAAAUCGGGGAAAUCCAUUAAAGACCUUUGUCGAAAUGAGACCAAUUUGUCAUUACUUUCUUCCAAAAUCAACAAUAUCUUUACCAAAGAGGUUGGACGAAAACGAAAGAAAAAACAAAGACCAAUAAGCCCCAAGGAAGAUCCAAACGAUAUGAACGACGAAGACGAACGAAUGGAACUUGUACGUCGAAAACAAAACGCUCAGUUAAGUUUGGUGGAAACUUUCCUAUCGAAGACUGCCCAAAGGAUAUCAGAGCAACAACAAGCAUCUGCAGCAGCGGUAGCUGCAAUUGUUGAAGGUGCUGAUGUUGCGGAUAAGCUACACAAUUUGGCAACUGCAAAUUCUGAUAUUCCGGUCGAUCAUGAGAAUAGCUUUAGACAUCAGGACCACAUGGGCAAUGACUCACAAAGUUCUCCUUAUAAGCACUCGCCGACACAUUCCAUGAUGCAGCGUCAGAAUCUCGUCGUGAGUAAAGGAAGUAAAAAAUGGAUUAGCAAUGACGAUCGGCAUAUGUCGAGGGAUUGCCCGUCGACUAGUGGUGUUAGUGUAGCAGCUUCUUUUGUCUCAGGGAAUCAGGGAAACAACAUUGCUAUGGGAGUUCCUCCAGGUGGUGUAGAUGAUCCAAGUAAAUUGUUGCCUAAUAGAGAUUUCUUGGCCCGUUUGAUGGGUUCUUCGACCUCUGACCAUCACAAUCAUCCUAUGCCCCAUGAAGAAGAUGAGAAUUCAUCAUUUUUGGACGUCGUGGAUUCUAAUAACCCGGGUGCAGUGAAUUCAGGCCAAAUGAACCAGUUCCAUCACAAUGGUGUUGGUUCAGAAGCGUCACAUCAUCAGCAACAAAUGCAGCAUAUGAAUUCCAUCGCCCACUCCCAAUCCUUUAUGAACUCUUUCUACAAUAACUCCAAUGCAAGACUGACAAGUGGCGGUGGAGGAGCUCCGUCUUCAGCAAGUAUGCUCGUAGAGGCGGCUCUUAACUCUGUUGGAAGUAUCAUGGACAAUGAUAGCGUUGAAAUGAAGUCUCAAGUCAACUCAAACCUCGAUAACGGCAAUCCGAUGAGCUCUCAAAUUGAAGUCGAAUCGGAUCGCUUUGGCGGAGGGAAUAUGUCGAACAUGGACAAUUUAGAAAACGAGAUUAAGCUGAUGAAAAAUCUCAAUAGUUUCCCCAUGCAAAUUCCACCACUUCCCAUGUAUCCGGCGAGUGGGAAUUCAUUAAAUUCAUGCAACAUCUCUCCAGACACGUCAACACCAACCGAUCCGCAAAGCAAUCAAAAUAACAAUGACAUUGAUGUGGAUGCUGGUUCGACUCCUCGAGGCCAACAUAUGGGUGCAGCGGGUGGUAGAGAUUCUGCGAGUUUUUCGAAUCAUCAUCAAACACCUCCAUCACCCCAAGCCAUAUCACCCGGACGGGACUACUCUAUCUUUGGUAAUGAUAAUGCGGCUAAUGGUGGUGGACCGAGUAUAUCAGCUUCUUCACCCCUCCCUUCAAUGCAACAAAGACGUAAUGCUUCGAGUGUGGGAGCUAGUGGAGGCUCUGGUUACACCGAUCAUGAACUAAUCUCUCCAGCGUCCUCACCAUCGAUUCCGCGAUAUAACUUCAGUGGAAACGAUAUUUGUCGCAAAAGAGACGAAGAUGUUGAGAGGCCGCACAAUAUGUCAGGACAUAAUCAACUAUCGAGUGACGAUGAGAAUAGUAUACUCCCUCAAAACAGUGGGCAAGAUAUGCGAAUGAAAUUCACUCAAUCUCAAAUGGAUCUGGUUUAUUCAAAGUACGAGAGUAUGGCGAGUGCGGCAAAUCUCAAAUAUGGCAAUAACCAGGACCUCGAAGUUCCAUCGGACUAUCGAAACACUUCCAGCAAUGAUCUCUCCGAUCUGCAGGGCCUCGACAUGACAUCUCGAUCGAAUGUUGGCUCAAACUAUCAUCAUAACUUUCAAUUGCCUCCUGGUGGCUCCAAUUUGGGACUUGGCCGGUAUCACCAUCACAUAUACGAUAUUCUCUCCGAACGGGAACAACAACAGCAGCAACAGCAACAACAACAACAUCAUCAUCAACAACAGCAAGAUGAACACUCAAGCCAGCUCUCCAUGCAACAGCACCAAUCUAUGCACAAUCAUAACCUCCUACCUGACCAGCUAAGUGAUCAGGACCACGAUCAGACCACCUCUGUUGACCUCAGUCGAACAGCCAACUACGUUGUGUCUUCCCCUCCUCAAAUUCCCUACAAUCACCCACAUCACGAUGUCCUUCGAAUGGUAUCGCUCGACCUCACACCCAAUGGCAAUAUGGGCGUUGGCAACAAUCGAUCCUUCCUGCCAUCGCAAAUUCAACACAAUAACCGGGACAGCAUCGAUCAUCAUCGACUGCUGUCAACAGCUGAACAACAUCGUAUACUAGCGGCCUCCAAUGCUGAUCAACACCGUUUGCUCGUCGACCCUACGGCACACUUGUUGAUGGAGCAAAACAAUCGACUUCUCACCUCCGAUCAAUCCAGAUUGCUUGGCGAGACUGCAGCGGCACAAAACAGACAUAUGGUGUCGGCAGCGCGAGGCUUCGGUGCCUAUCAUCAAGUAGCUUCUGGCAACUAUCAUCCAUCAGUUCGACCAGUCCUGCCAUCACCCAACCAUCAUGCGUCCAAUCCAUCGAACUAUCACCCAUUCCCAGCAUACUACUGAGAUUGGUCUUAAUUUAAUUUUUCACUUUAUUUUGUGAUACUUUUUGAGAAGAGAAAUUGUCACUCAAAUUUGGAACUCAAAACAAAACACCUAACGACACUUGUGUUAAAAUCAAAAAUUCUUCUUAAUUAUUAUUAUUUUUGUAAAACAUUAUUUUUUUUAAACAUUAUGUAUGUAUAUCAAACUUUUAAUAAUACAAAUAUUUUUAAUAUUUAUAACAUAAAUGUAUAGUAUAUUCCUUUGAAGUUUCCUAAC